ACACAAACAAAAAUUCAAGCUUGGUGGAGCAAAGUAUGUGGGAUUGGAUUUCAAAAUUCUAAAGUGUAAAGGCUUCGCCGGAAUUACAUCAAGAAGAUAUGAUAUGUGGUGAAGCAAUGAAAGAAAAGUGAGUAAAAUACAGUGCGCCAAACGCCGCUGCUUGUAAAAAUUGGUGAUCUCCUAGAGACUUUAGUGAACAGUGAGUGAAGGAAAGCGAAAGUGCUACAACAAAAGGAAAAGAUCUUUUGUGCGAAUGGAGGAGGCCGGUUUUAUGUUGACGGAAAUUCCGGGCGGUUUUAUAACGCACCGGCCACACACGAUUGCGGGUGGACAUCAUCAUCGGUUUGCUCCUUACCCCAUAGUUCUGCACCAACCGCAUUUGCAGCAAAAUGCAUCUUCAGUGUUCAGCGUUCCACAUCCACAUCACCUGGCGGUUCACCACGGACACCAUGUGGCGGCUCUACACCAUCAGCACCACCACAUACUGCGCUCAGCGACCCGGCCGCAAAGCCCAUCAUCUUCACCACCAACAGCAGCAGUUGUGGAGGAGGGAACUCAUAUCGGGCACCUGUACCCCGAAAUUCUUGCGAUGAUCUUUGCUAAGCUCAGCGUAAUGGAUCGCGGGCGAGCGGCGCAAGUUUGUACUGUUUGGCGGGACGCAGCAUACUCGAAAAGUUGCUGGCGCGGCGUCGAGGCUAGCCUUCAUCUGCGGCGCCCCUCUCCCACACUGUUCCUGUCGCUCGUGAAACGAGGGAUCAAACGCGUUCAGGUUCUAUCCGUGCGACGCGCUCUCAAGGAUAUUGUGACUGGGGUCCCGAUACUGGAAUCGCUUAACCUGAGUGGCUGUUACAGUAUCACGGACGUAGCAAUUGGCCAUGCAUUUGCCGGAGACCUUCCCAACCUUAAAAUACUUGAUCUUUCCCUAUGCAAACAGGUGACUGACUCCAGCCUAGGUCGAAUCACCCAGCACCUAAAAAAUAUUGAGGUAUUGGAGCUUGGUGGAUGCUGUAACAUCACGAAUACUGGCCUUCUGCUUAUCUCCUGGGGUUUAAAGAAGCUGCGCCGCUUGAAUCUUCGCUCAUGCUGGCAUAUUUCCGAUCAUGGGAUCGGGCAUCUGGCAGGACUGAGCAAGGAAACGGCGGAUGGUACGCCCGCUCUCGAGUUCCUUGGGCUGCAAGAUUGUCAGCGGCUUUCCGAUGAAGCUCUGCGACACAUCGCACAAGGGCUAACAUCCAUGCGUUCGAUUAAUCUGAGCUUUUGUGUAUCCGUAACCGAUAGCGGUCUGAAGCACCUGGCGCGCAUGCCGCAUUUAGAGGAGUUAAAUCUGCGAGCUUGUGAUAACAUAUCGGACAUCGGUAUGGCGUAUCUGACCGAGGGUUGUAGCUCAAUCGCAACGUUGGACGUUAGCUUCUGUGAUAAGGUAGCUGACCAGGCCAUGGUACACAUCUCUCAAGGAUUGUUCCAACUACGCUCGCUGAGUUUAAGUGCUUGUCAAAUUACGGACGAGGGUUUAUCGCGCAUCGCCAAGUCGCUGCAUGAUCUCGAGACCCUAAAUAUUGGCCAGUGCAGCCGCAUUACUGAUCGGGGCCUUGAAUUGGUGGCCGAAGAACUGGUCAACUUACGUGCCAUCGAUUUGUACGGAUGUACCAGGUUAACACCAGCAGCUCUACAAAAAAUCAACCAACUACCAAAACUUUCUAAGGUUAAUCUUGGUCUAUGGCACAUCCGGUGAUAAGCUAGCCGCAGAGUACAAUAAUCAUAAAAGACCCGCAACAUUAUCCGACAGCUACGCACUGUUGAAGCAUCAUGCGAGUCCGCGGGUGUGACUAUGACUCCCAAGUGUUUUGGCACUCGUGAAAAGAAGGAAGGAAUACUACAAGAGUAAAGAUGGGUCUUUGAAGAAUUGUAAAGAUUAGAUAGUUUGAGUAGCCAUCAUGCACCAAAGCCAUAAUGGUAAUUUAAACACAAUUUCUUUUAAGGUACUUAAAAGAAAUAAAGGAAAAUGUGGUUUUCUGUUUUCACGUUUUCAUUUUUAUAUACUUGUUUUAGGUAAAACAAUGUUACU